GUGCGCUCUCGUAAUGAUACGAACAGUGUAGCGCACCAGUGUCACAAAUGGCCUCUGACAUUAGCUUGUGGCUAUGGCAAAGCUUUACCAUCCAACAGGUAUCUGGCAUCACAGCAGGAAACGAACGAAGGCUUCGAUAUGACAGCUGCAAUGAUUGCUGUUUGUGGCAGUGGUUGCGACGGAGCUGCUUGUGGAGCUUGCGGUUCAUGUGGUAUGUGAACAGAUUUUGUUGA